AUGACUGGUGCAAAAUCCAAGGUUGAGGAUAUUAUUGCUGGUCACCAUGUUGUCAUCUUCUCGAAAACCUACUGCUCCUACAGCAAAGCCGCUAAAUCCCUUCUAAAUGAGCAGGGCAUCCCAUUUUACGCUCUAGAGUUGGAUCAACUCGUAUCAACUGCUUAUUUGGUGUUUUCCCACCUAAGAGGCGUGGCCAAUAUCAAACUUAUGCCCAAACAUAUCGGAGACCACGUACUCAUUACGACACCGAGGUUGCGUGCCCGCGGCGGGAACCGGCGCUAG